GUAAAAUUCGUCAUCGCUAAAAUCUACUUUUAAGUUAGCUACGUUUUUCCUAAUUCAAAACAAUAGUAAAAUUCGAAAUAGCUAAAAUUUCCUCUAAAGUUAGCUAUGUUUUUAAGUAAUAAAAUCCCUAAUUUAGUAGUUGAAUAAAUUGUUUCCUCUGCCCCUGCGGAAAUUUAUUACUGUCCAAGGCGCUCCUGCAAAAAGAGUAUUCAAUUUUUUACAAGGAUAUAUAUACAUUUUCUUUGCAGUCUGAUUGCUGAAGUGCGUAUAUCCAGUCUCGCUUUAUCCGUGUAAGGCUCAGAUUUCUGUUAAUUGCCGGCAUUUGAGCUUAUAAUAUAAUCUUCUGGCAAAGAGAAUGUAAUGAGGGUUUGAAAGGCCAAGGGUUUGAGUAUUGCUGUGGUGCGUACGCCUUAAGUUGGAAAUUCUGAAAUCAAUUCAAGUAUCCGAGUUGGAGGGAAUAUAAGGAUCAAUUUUGGUUAUUAUUCAGGGAUCUGAAUAGUCUAGUAUGAACAAUAUGAAAUUCAAGGAAGGCUGUAUGGUUGAGGUUUGUAGUUCAGAUGGGGGUAGUUUUCAGUCUUGGUUCCGAGCCAGGAUCAUUUCAUGCAAUGCAAACUGUUACCAAGUUGAGUAUGACAACCUUUUAAAUGACCAUGGAAAACAUUAUGUGAAAAAUGUGCGGGCUGAUGCAGUUCGACCAGAACCUCCUCACAUGACAGAAACAAGAAAAUUGGCACCUGGGCAUGUGAUUGAAGUCUAUGAUAAUCAUUCAUGGAAGGUGGGUAGAGUUCUCAAAGCUUUACCUGGAAGGUUAUUUGUUGUAAAAUUAAUGGAAUCAUUACGACAAAGAACAUUUCAUCAGUCUGUUAUUCGUGCUCGGCUGUUUUGGGAGAAUGAGGGAUGGCUGCAUAAUGUUGAGGCCGCUAGAGACCAUUUACUGAAAAUGGGAUUUCGACACCACAAUAAGUCGCAUUUUGGAAAUCAAUUUCUGGAAUUAAAUGCGAAAACAAAUGCUGGAUACAAUGAACAUGAACAAGUUGAGGAUAAAUACUAUCCCAACAAACUUUUAACAAAUAAUCUAAAAAGAAAGGCAGGCAGUCAAGUGCAAUGUGCUUAUCAAGAAGAUUUUUUGAAGACUGAAGCUGCUUCUCAGAAAAGGAAGUUUAGACGUCAAGAGGUGGUAGCACAAUCAGCCUUGCCUGUACUGGAAAAGGUAGAUCCAUUAUCUUCACACAGAAAAUUUGUGGGUGAGAAAUGUGUAUGCAUGUCUCCUAAUGAAGCCAGAAUAAAUCAAUUGGUUGAGGAAGCUGAAAGCAUUCAGUGCUCUGUAGCUAGUAAUAGCAGUAGCAAUGAGUUAGAUUAUAUGUUACAUUCUGAUAACAAGAAUUCAAAACAGAGUUUUAGUGAAAGUCAUUUUGAUGAUGCUCAGUCUUCCUGUGGAUGUCCAAACAUCAGGCAAAAUGAAUCUUUUCUUGAAAAUGAAGUAGAAUGUAAAAUACAUAAAUUAGAAAUUCAUGCAUACCGUUCCACAGUGAGAGCUUUUUAUGCUUCUGGGUGUUUGACUUGGGGGCGAGAAACCUUGCUGACAAAUCUCCGUCAUGAACUACACAUUUCUGAUGAGGAGCAUUCAUCUGUGUUGACACAGUUGUGCUCAACAAAUGCUCUUGUCACCAUCUUGGGCCCCAUAUGCAGAUCUCUCAGCCUACUCUCUUAUCGGAAUCAUAAGGCUAGGAUCAAAAUCAAGUGUGUACUGUUUACGGUUCUUUAUUUAUUAUCAAUAUGGUGACAUUUGGGGAAUCAAAUGUUUUAUCCAUUCCUUUACCCUGAGACAACAAAUGUGUUCGGAAUUUGAAUUGUCAGGUGUGUUUAUGGUUCUUUAUAUAUUAUCAAUAUGGUGACAUUUGGGGAAUCAAAUGCUUUAUCCAUUCCUUUACCCUGAGACAACAAAUGUGUUCGGAAUUUGAAUUGUCAGCAUCAUGCAGAUAAACAUUGGACUCUCCAAAGGGUAUGAUCGAGUGGUCCUUGGCAAGCUGUUAGCAACAUAAGAUCCUUCUAAAUACAGAAACUAGUGUCCUCCACUGCCAUCUUGCAUCUUAAGUUCUAUGAUUCUUGAAGUUUCAUUCACUUCUGGCACAAAGUGGCUGCCAAUCACCUGGGAGAGUGACUGAAAAUUUCGGCAGAACCAUAAUUAGUCGGCGGUGUUCUAUUCUUUGACGAGUGUUUAUGUUUGAGCUUUGAUGAUUCUGUAGAUAGAUGAAUCCGUUUUGUGUUUCGACGGUGGUGUUGAAAUAUUUAUUUGCAAAAUUUCUAUAUUUUCUUGAGGAUUAAAUUCAAACUUUAAGUAGUUGGUACUGUUUUCCAUUGGUAUUUUAUUGCACUAAUCAAAUAAUUUGGCUUUUCU